UCAUGUAAGUUCGUAGCACCAUCUCAGACACUGAUAAAAUUAAUGUGACUUUGACUUCACCCAAAAAUCACUCCUUUUUGUGUGUGUCUCUCUCUCUCUCACAAACACACAUAUGAUUUCAUCAAGCAAAAGAGAAGUAUCUCAUGAGGUUCCACCCUACCUGAGAGUAUACAAAGAUGGAACCAUAGAGAGACUCUUUGGCAACGAGGUUGCCCCUGCAGGCUUUGAUCUUCAAACCGGUGUUGUAUCCAAAGACAUCCUCAUCAUACCCGAGACCGGUGUCUCCGCCAGGCUUUACCGUCCUCCAAGUGUCACACCCACUCAUAACCAGAACCAUAACCAUAACAAACUACCCCUCGUGAUUUACUUUCAUGGUGGAGCAUUUUUCAUAUCAUCAAUCUCAGAUCCAAAGUACCACAACUCUCUCAACAUACUAGUCGCCAAGGCCAACAUCAUCCUCGUCUCCAUAGACUACAGAAGAGCCCCGGAGCACCCUCUUCCCGCCGCCUUCCAUGACUCGUGGGCUUCUCUUCAAUGGGUUCAUUCACAUGUCUCCGGUGCUGGCACUGAGGCUUGGCUUAGUGACAACGUUGACUUUGGCAGGGUGUUCUUGGCUGGGGACAGUUGUGGUUCAAGUAUUGCCCACCACUUGGCAAUUCGGGUCGGGCCCUCAAACCCUGUUGAAGGUGGCUUGAAUAUUCUUGGCAUAAUUAUGAUCCACCCAUACUUUUGGGGAGAAGAACCGAUCGGGUCCGAGGCCAAGAACCCGGUGAGGAAGGCCAUGGUGGACGGUUGGUGGCGGUUUGUUUGCCCGUCAGAUAGGGGGAAUGAUGAUCCGCUAAUUAACCCGGUUGCGGAUGGAGCACCGAGUCUUUCGGGUUUGGCUUGUGACCGGGUUCUGGUAUGUGUUGCUGAGAAGGACAUAUUGAGGGACAGAGGGAGACUCUACUAUGAAUCGUUGGUUAAGAGUGACUGGCUUGGAAAGGCUGAGUUUGUAGAGAUACAAGGAGAGGAUCAUGUUUUUCACAUCAUAGAUCCGAAUUGUGAGAAGGCUCUAAAAAUGAUCCAAUGCUUGGAUUCUUUCAUAAACCAAGAAUGACAUUCAUUGAGUGAAUGUGUGAUGUGAUCAUAAUAAGGUUCCAUAAAGUUCUACAAGUUAGACUCCAACAUCAAUGGUUGGUUACAAAUGUCUUGUUUCAUCAAAGGUUUUUGUACCUUUUAUUAUGUUUCUUGAUUAGUGGUUUGUCAAUCUUUUCUUAAUUGGUGUUGUUUUUUUC